AUGGCACAAGAAGCGGACGACCGAGCGGCUUCGGCUUUCGACAUACCAAAGGAUCUGAAGCAAGAGGUGAGAGUAUCAGACGGGUACUCACCAUACAUGAUCAUGAUCACUGCCUAG